AUGGCAAAGUUUAAUGCUUUUGAUGACCACUGUGAUGCUUCAGCUGUCCUCACACUGCUUGGUGGUGUACCUGUGUUCUCAGCUACUGUGCAAGCUGCAGCUGGUGAUGUCAGGAACCUUGUCAGGAAUGACGGGGCACACUGUGUGUUCAGUAAGUGGGAUCCUGUUAAGUUUCAGCAGAGUUUUGUUGAGAUGGAAGACCUGGUGAGAGCCAUGGCUCUCCCUACUGCAGAUAAAGCAGAACUCCUUAAAGAACUGAAAGAUUGGGAGACUAAAGGUAAUAUAAGUUUCAUAUAAUUUUUAAUAAAAUAUGAAUGAUGAGCAUUAUUGAUGUUGUUAAAAUUUUAAACCUUUGCUGACCUUACUGAGCUGAAUGGUGCUUUUAAAGGGUUAUCAGGAGGUGUUUCAGUCAAAUAUGUAUACCAAAUAAUUAUGCUGUACCCCAGCAGCGACAAAAAAAAUUGAUGGAGAUCAACAGUAGAAAGAAAGCUUAACAAUAUGGUGGAAUUGUCUUUAAUUUGUAAUUCUCCUUUAACAUUUUUGAGAUGAUUUUUUCUUAAAACAAGAUGCAUAUUGUUUUCUCAAAUUUUGCCACAGUGGCAAAAACCCUAAAAGCUGAUUGAAUAGCAUGGGUAAAGACCAAGAGAGUCACCAUACUGAUAAAAAAUGGAAAUUUAUUCAAGUCAUAAUGAGGUGGGUUUGAUUUGUGAAACUGUUUAUACAAGACCUAAUACCUAAACCUCAAUCAUUGACCCUUACUGUACACCCCUGACUGCAGAAAGGAAAACUAAUCUCAACUGAUUUCAGUGAAAAUGAUGUUUCACUCUACAUUCUAAAAUUAUGUUCAAAAGGUUCGUAGAAAACAAAAGCUGUUUUUUGUAAAAGUACUUGUGAUUUUUAAAAUGUCACCUGAGUUAUGUGCUGUUUAAAAAACGAGCAGGAGCGUAUUAUCUGGUUUAAAAACCCAAUAAGGUGAAGCCAAGAGAUUUUAAACCUGAUAAUACACCACUGCGAGUUUUUUCACUGGCUUCAAAAUCUCUGAUAUAUAUCGACAACUCAUUCUUGAACUAACAUUAAUAGAUUUGGGUUUUUUUUGGUCUCAAAAAUUGGACAUAAAGUUGCGUGUCUUUAUCAGCUAUAAAGACCCCAUUAAACAUUAAUUUCUUUUGUUUUUUCUUUAUGAAUUACUAAUGAGUUUUUGAAGUUAAAGAAAAAGUUGUGAGGUUUGGAUGUUCCUUUUCUUUCCGGUUAGCUGUUCUUAAUAUAUUGCCGUACGUACAGUGUAUAUUUGUAGAUAUUACAGUUCAAUGUGCAAUUUAAUCGUCCUGCUUUGUUUGCAGGGACUCUUUUGUGCAUGAACUCUCCUGUAGACCCAGCACUGCUUCAACUUGUCCAGCAAGAAGUAAGGUUUUUACAAGAUAACGUGAACAACUUGUCAGUAGAAUUUGAACAAGAAAGGUUGAGGAUACAACAGGAACUACAAAACGCUGCCAUAAUUCUUGAAGAGAUGAAACAGACAGUGGAAGGACUGAAGAAUUUUCAAGGUAAUCCUGUUUAACCUCUCUCAACCCAUUUUCAAAUUAAUAUUGACGUCACUAUCACAGUAAAAAUAUAAUAGUUUCCUGCUUUUUAUUUAAUUGUGGGAUCAUCUAAAAAUUGCAAACAUUAUGGUUCUGUUUUGUAGAGGAUGCAGAGCAGAGGUUAGAAAAUCUAGAGACUUUUCAAGGUAAUCCUGUUUAACCUCUCCCAACUUAUUUCCGUAUUUAUACUGACGUCUUUAUUACAAAAAAAUACAAUGGUUUCCUGCUUUUUAUUUACUUUAUCAUCUAAAAAUUGCAAACAUUAUGCUUCUGUUUUGUAGAGAAUGCAGAGCAGAGGUUUGAAAAUCUAGAGACUUUUCAAGGUAAUCCUGUUUAACCUCUCCCAACCUAUUUUCAUAUUUAUACUGACGUCACUAUUACAAAAAAAUACAAUGGUUUCCUGCUUUUUAUUUACUUGAUCAUCUAAAAAUUGCAAACAUUAUGCUUCUGUUUUGUAGAGAAUGCAGAGCAGAGGUUUGAAAAUCUAGAGACUCGUUCCGGAAAAGUUGAAGGCCAAGUACACAGUCUUACAGGUAACCUUGAGAUGACAAUUAUAUCUAAUUAUUUACGGAAAGAAGACGGCAGAUCAGUGGUUUAAACUAAGUUAAAGACCUUGGAAAGGUCGUUAAGCAGGUAAAUAUAAACUGUGCGUCACACAGAAACUGACCCUCUAACUGGUGCUGCCUCUGUUUAAGUCCACCCAGUCUGUUAAAUCCGGUGGUCGUGGAAUUAGCUUUUUCCAGGCUCUCAGAUGGUGGGGAAGACGCGAAAGUGAAAGGCACGCGAAAAGUUGGCGGAGCAGGAAAAAGGAAAAAAGGAAGGGAUAGACAAAUGAUCACAGGCUCCGCCGCCCUUCUCUCCCCAGUUUCUUCCCGUGUUAUUUUCGUGUUUGCACUUUCUCAAUUCAGCGGACCCGGCUAUCUUAGAGCCUGGAACAGGCUAUCGUGGAAUGAAAUACCGUGGAUGAGAUCGGAGGACAACACACGUGUCCUCUUUACAUAAAAUGUUAACAUUACAUGUUAGUAUGCGUGGACGUCAUCAUACAAAGGCACCACUGGCAGUUGCUAUCAGCCAUGAGCUAACUGUAACCCGCGCAACGCAUUACGUGAAUUAUGUGCACACCGCCAUGUUAAUGUUCCACACUCUUUUCAAAAAGUAGCGUGAGAUCUUUUAAAUGUCCCCUUCGAUUUGGCCAAUGAAUGAAGGAUGAAAGAACACCGUGAAUACUUCCCAUCGUUUCAACAUUACAACGAUGAAAGAAUUGAAAUUGAAUGACACCAUGAUUUCGAUUUUAGUGUCUUAGUUUUCGUAAUCUCGAAAACUAAGACGGGUCUUAGGUCUUAGUUUUCGAGGGUCUUAUCUAUCGGUCAAAUCGAAGCUUCAAAACAUCCCCCCCGGGCAUGCCCCGGGCAUUUGACACCUUUGCCGUCCAGGGGAGGAGGGAAUUUGAUUAUCAGAGUUUUCCAGGGGAUAGGGAAUUUGAUCCCCCUGCACUAGGGGGGGGGGGGGAAUUUGAACUGCACCCUCGAGUUCAUAUGAAAUCUCUGGCGAGGCGAGCUGUCAUGGGGGACGCGGUGUUAGAGGAUUUUCGUGGAAAAGAUUGUGCCUUUGUGGCCAAUUGGUUACAAGGUUUGUGCCGUAUUUGAAGGUAUUUAAAUUUUAAUAUUUUUAGUAUUGGAUUCAGGCUUUGAAUAUAUGAAUGUAGAAGAAUGUAUAGUCGAAUUGCGCGUAUUUUUUUCUCAACGAAGACGUAACGGUGAAGAAAGCUAAAAUUACUGCAGAGGGCGAUUUUUCACAGCCUUCAUUAAAGCACCAUUCAUUCGCGCAAGUAUUCUUAGUUUCAUUAAUCAUUAACUUAAUGUGGGGAGAAAGGCAAGACUUCGAGAUAAACAAGCCAGCGAAAGGGUGAAAAUGCAGUUUCACGGCAAAAUGGACAUUAUAGCGUUAUACUUUUGAAAAGAAUUAAAUAUCUAUAGGAUAAUUGUUUAACGAGAAAUUAUCAUACUGACCUUUUCCUGCUGCUCAAAAAAUGUGCGCGAAAUGUAAGGUCGUAGCAACAUUCAGCCGCCAUCUUGUCUUCUAUGUACUGUUUUACGAAAGGAAAGACUGUCCUCUCAAGGGCGACAGCGAGGUUACAAUAAACUCACUUUCAUCGUAGAAAUGCCUCGAUACCUUAAAGAACAGGUUUGUGGAACGUAGCACCCAAUAUACGUCAUUCAGCUCCAGAAAACAGCCUGCAAAUACUAGUAGUGAAGCACUUCAACUGACCGUAUUGGCGCAUGUGCAUACAAAAUGUCCUCCUGUUUUUACGGAGUAGGUGAACGUACCACAAAAAGUUUCUUUUUUCUUUUUCUAAACUCAGAUACGGUCUUUUCGAAUUCAAUCCAGAACAUUUCGCCAACAUUUGACAAAUUAAAUGAAAAUUGAUAAGAUCGAUGAAAUUUGAAACAGUGCGAAUUUACUUUUUAAGUGAAUUUUCGGUGUGUUCUCAUCCAAAAAUUUUUCUACCAUGACAACGUGACGUAACGACUUCUCCUCUCUAUUCUGUUCCAAUGCUGGGGUUUCUUGGAGACCAAUCAAGAUUAACUUCCUAAUAUGGAAUCACUGAAACGUGAGAUUGUAGCGCUAGUGUUACGAAAACUGUGUUGCGAUGUAAACGAAGCACUACAAAGGGCAAUUACAGUUUUAGAAGUACACUUUGACCAAAAUCGGAAUUCAAGAUGACCAGGAUUGACUUACUCCGAACAAGACAAAGCCAACUAUUCAUGAUAAGCAUCUUACGGCCUUUGUGGACCCGACUUAACUUGAUACCGAAAGAGCUCUAGCGCGUGCUAAAACAUUUGUGUCAACACAUUACGCGACCUUAUUCUCUGGUUCCAUAUUUGGGCAAAAAAAUUUCUGUGCUUCUGAUUGGACGGUUUAAAAACCCCAGCAUGGUUCUAAACAAAUAAGGGGAAGUUAGACACUUCGGGGUUAUAUGCUUCUGUUCUAUGUCAUAAGAGGGAAAUUGUUUUACGUAGGGAAAGGUUGAAAAUUGAAAAUACGCUUCUUAGUCGACGUUUUUCCUUUCUCCUCUUUAUUUCACCUGCACAAAAGUUUCAUGACUUGACGGCAAAAGAAUCUGCUGUGUCAAAUGCUUCUCUUCAAGACCCGCCGGUGACAACUUAUGGUAGGUUUGCAGCAGUUAUGAUAAUAACUGAUUUAGAGUGAAAUUUUUAUUAAUGGCAAGAAACAAGGGAAAACCAAAUUGCCUUGCAUACAGUUAUCAAAGGGAGUUAUAAGAGGAAGAUCACAUUUUCUCUCUACAUAUUUUAUAAUUAGACACCAUACUUUCUUGUGAAUGUACUUCAAUAGUUUUAACAAUUUGACAACACUCUGAGAGAGUGUUUGACAAAAACUAGUGAUAGGAAUGGUUUGCUUGUGGUGACUGGGACACUUGAAAUGAAAAUGCUAACUAAAUAACGAUAAGUCCAAUGCGCGUGAACUUUCGUCGACUGUUAAUAUUCAGUGUUCAAGUGUAUUUUAUUUUAAACGCGAAUAAAAUUAUGCCUCAUUUCUGUUUUCCCCCAUCCGUCAAUCCAGGUAAACUUGUCUAACUUAUCACACGAGACACCAAAGGCGGGGUGAUGUGUCCCUUUCCAUGGUGUGAAGAUGAACUACAACUGAAGCUAUCGAACAUAGCUAUUGGAGUAUUUCUAGAUCUCUCGAAAGCCUUAGAUACGGUCAACCACGACCUUCUUUUCAAUAUACUUGAACACUAUGGGGUUCGGGGGCUACCACUAGAAUGGGUCAAAAGUUACUUUUGCAAUAGGUCACAAUUUGUUGAAUUCAACAACUACAGGUCUGCCCACCAGAAGUUUUCCUAUGGGUUGGCUCAGGGCUCCAUUCUUGGUCCUUUUUUUAUCCUGUACGUCAAUGAUUUAAUUAAGGCCUCUCAACUUGAAACAAUCUUGUUUGCUGACGACACAACCUUAUUUAUCUCCCACAGUGACCCUGUUUCCCUAAUCAAUUUAUAAAAUAGAGAAUUGGUCAACCGCAUCAACAUAACAACUUUCUUUAAUUUACCAGACAUGUUUCGACGAUACAUCCGUCAUUUUCAUUGUUACAUAUUUUGAAAUCGCCGUUGAAUUUAAAUCGCGCACGAUGUUACAAGUACGUUACAUUGCGUUGGCAAUGGUUGAGGUCACGUUUCUCCCAUUUUAUGAACAUAGAUUCUUUGAGCUUCACUUGGUACUUGGUAGCUGCGGAGUGCAGGAUCUGAAAGCCAUCCGGUGUACAGAGUGUUCUACAAGUCUCGACGGCGGUUUGUGCGUCCUUGGUCUCCCUAAGAUGCACAAACCACGAGCGCCAAAUUCCACUCCCCCAUUUCGCCCUAUAGUUCCCUCCAUACGCGCCUAUAACUACAGCUAGGCCAAAUACUUAAGUAAUCUCCCCCAACCUCGUAUUCCAUUCACGUUCAUUGCUUCAGACUCCUUUUCCACUCAGAACAGGAUGCAACUUUUUUCUUCAAUUACAUCAACAAUCAACACCUUAAUAAACACUUUACAAUGGAGCGGGAAACUGACCAUGUCUACCUUUCCUAGAUGCUCUAGUCAACAACACCGACCCACACCUAAGCGUGACCACCACUUAACGCCGGAAAAAAAACUUUUACAGGUUUGCUCACCAGUCAUCUGAGUUUCUCCCUCUUUACUUAGAAAUUGGGGUUAAUCAAAAAUUUGAUUGAUAGAACCUUCAAGAUAAACCACACUUGGAUGGGGUUCCACACUGACCUCCAAAAAUUGUCUGUCAUUCUACGGAGGAAUCUCUUUCCUGAGAACCUUAUAAACAAAUUUAUUUCUAAAUAUAUUGAGACAGUAGUCAAGGGAAGGAAAACAGAACCUCACUCAGGAGUCGAGCCCAAGUUCUAUUGUAAAAUCCCUUACGGUGAGCAUAUCUCAGUCACGGCACAGUGAAGUAUUCGCAAACUUGCUAAUCAGUUAUGUAAACCUAUUGAUAUAAGGCUUGUCUUUACUACUUUCAAAAUCAAGAAUCUUUUUAAUGUGAAAGCUGCUGUCCCCACAGGUAACCCAGGCUCUGUGAUAGUACCACAGUACGGUUCCAGUAAAAUUACAGUGUUUGUAUGGGGUAAAAAUAUCAUCCUAAAAUUUCUAGGAAAUACUAAAUAAAGAUCAAUGAAACUUGCUCUGCAGUUAAUUGUUGUUGUCCUUAUUGCUCCAACGAAGUUUCGUGAUAAUUUGCAGUAAUUUGUUCAAAUUCACUCUAUCUACAAUAAUAAUAUACAAGGUAGGAAACAAGAGGUGCCAUUUUCGCCGACAUGCUCUCAUUCAACACAACUUUUUCCACGAAAUUCGAACUCCAACGGAAAAUAAACAUGCCAGGAUCGUAGAAAUAGGAUAGCAGCAGAUAUAGAAACCAAUGAAGCUUUCCCAGAUAGAGAAACGAAUCCCAAAAACUUUGGCAAACUCGAAGAAUAUAAUCCAAACAGACCGAGAAUACGCUCGCCGAAGCAGCCGGGCCAGAUCAACACGCGGCCAAGAAAAUGAGGCCUGGGCACUGUACAAAAAAAUUCAAUCCCGAGGGUCCUGGGGUGAACUUUCUAGGGACCGAUACAUCAUUUGUCCAAAGCCACCCUCCCCUACUGGAAAAAUACUUGAUAGAAGGCAAUUGUUCUUCCUAGCCAAUCACUAUGGCCUGUUAUAAAGAGAUUAUUUUCCUCUCGAACUAUAUUCAGCUCCUGGCGCUGGUCCUCAGAAAGUUUAUCAAACAUCAAUAGGGCAAGGUUAUAAGGGCAAAGGAAAGAACAACGAAGGAGGAUUUACAAAACUCAAAACGAGCAAAAGAUAUAAGUGAAUUUUGGCUCUUACCGAGGCAUUUGUACAACAGGACGAAAUUCAAAGAGAGGUGUAUCACGAUGAUUCACAUAUUUAACCGAUAGAGCGUUCACUUGUAUUGACAAGAAGGCGGCGUGUUACUGCCGCAUUAAUCGCUAAAUAUGUUAAUCGCGCUAGUUCUUUGUUUACUAGUGCACGUGCCUUUCACAUUCGUCUCAGUUAUCGCAAUUCAUAUUCUGUCGCAAUUUUCUGUAUAAAUUUUGACAUUGGUUUGUAAGCUUCACCGUUUAUUUACGAUAGUUUCGCUCGAGAGUUCACAGCAACAGUAUCUCAGUCAUCAUCUACCUUUUGUUCAACCUUGUUUUUAGCCCGCCUUGUAAGCAUUUCGCUUUGUUAUUUCAUUAGUUUCAUUACUGUUAUUUGCAUUCCUUAGUAAAAGAAAUGGGACGCCUUGUAACUCCGCAGACUCUCCUGAUUAUAUUACUUUUUUUUUAGCCAUUUAAAUUCAGGCGCGUGUGCGGGGUUUGCUCUGGCAAAUGGUGAUUGGCUAGGAAGAACAAUUGCCUUCUAUCAAGUAUUUUUCCAGCAGGGGAGGGUGGCUUUGGGCAAAUGAUGUAUCGGUCCCUAGAAAGGUCACCCUAGGACUCCCGGGAUGGAAUUUUUUUGUACAGUGCCCAGGCCUCAUUUUCUUGGCCGCGUGUUGAUCUGGCCCGGCUGCUUCGGCGAGCGUAUUCUCGGUCUGUUUGGAUUAUAUUCUUCGAGUUUGUCCAAGUCUGUGGGAUUCGUUUCUCCAUCUGGGAAAGCUUCAUUGGUUUCUAUAUCUGCUGCUAUCCUAUUUCUACGAUCCUGGCAUGUUUAUUUUCCGUUGGAGUUCGAAUUUCGUGGAAAAAGUUGUGUUGAAUGAGAGCAUGUCGGCGAAAAUGGCACCUCGUGUUUCCUACCUUGUAUAUUAUUAUUGUAGAUAGAGUGAAUUUAAACAAAUUACUGCAAAUUAUCACGAAACUUCGUUGGAGCAAUAAGGACAACAACAAUUAACUGCAGAGUAAGUUUUAUUGAUCUUUAUUAAGUAUUUCCUAGAAAUUUUAGGAUGAUAUUUUUACCUCAUAUAAACACUGUAAUUUUACUGGAACCGUUCUGUGGUACUAUCACAGAGCCUGGGUUACCUGUGCUGUCCCUGAGGGGCUUUGCGCCCGUGUGGUUUAUAAAUUUUCGUGUGCAAGUUGUAAUGCUUGUUAUGUUGGUGAAACCAGCCGACUUUUCUCCACACGAGUGCGCGAGCACUUACUUUCCGACAGGACUUCGAACAUUUUUAGACAGCUGCAGAGUUCAGAGUCUUGUCGAACAUCCUGCACACCGAAUUGCUUUCAGAUGAUGCACUCUGCAGCUUCUAAGUACCUGGAGAAACCCGACCUCAACCAGCAGGUGAAACACAUAAACUUGACUCUCUCCUCGUAAGUAGCUAAGCUUCACUAAUUUUGAACUUUUCAGUGCGUAAUAUUGCCAACGCAAUGUAACGAACUUUGUAACAUCGCGCGCGAUUUAAAUUCAACGACUAAUUAACAAUUAUUCUUUGAAAUCGAGGUGAAUAGUGGCAAAAUAUUUACCGAGCCGCGAAAGCGGCGAGGUAAAUAUUCCCAAAGCCACUAUUCACCGAGAUUGAGAAGAAUAAUUGUUUUAGUAUAUACACACGAAGUGAUCUCAACAAAAUCAGAAAGGAAACCAUUCAAAAGUAGGAUUUGAUUGACAGAUCAAAUCACGCGUAAGUUUAAAAAUAGAUCUUUGCAGAAUUUUCAAACAUGGCAAUUCACAAGUUUACUCAUUUCGCAAACAACAGCGUAAUGGCUUCAAUGGAAUCGCUAAAAGUUUGAACUGUUUCCUUACCUGAGAAAAAAAGUAGAGCUGUGUUGUUUUCUGUUGACUCGCCAAGUUUAUAGCCAAAAGGGCAUGUUGUGUCGUUCUUCGCAUGAAGUGCUGACAAAAAUGGCGGCUCGGUUGCUCGAGGUAAGAGGUCGUCUUCCUGUAUCAUUCUUUUUCCUGUUUACUUGAAAUGUAGAAUUUCUGCAAACAUUUCCUUUUAAAUUUGUUUGUCAUAAAUAAACUUCGAUUUUUGAGCCAAAAUUUUCUUCUUAGAAAACGCUGAGUUCACGAAACGGCUUCUUCUACGCGAAUACACGGGAGUUGUAAACAAUCCAUCGAGCACAAAACUCCUGCUACAGUAAAUUGAAAAACGCCGUAUUGAAUCCUUCCAAGUCUUUUCUUGCCUUAAAAAAAGUCAGCCCUAGGAUUUUGUCGACUUUUAAAAGAUCGUUCUCUAAAAAAAACGGGAAAAACACCGAGCUCACACAUUAUCCACUCGCUAGGAGGUGAAUAUUGUUGAAUAGUCCGAGAUAGCGAACCAAUCAGAUUGCUUAAAUCACCAAGAUCACUGAGUGUGUAUAUACUAAUUCAAAAUAUGUGACACUGAAGAUGCGGAUGUACCGUCGCAACAUGUCUAGUAAAUUAAAGAAAGUUGUUAUGUUUUAGACCUUUUAGAAUUGGACAAAUUGUCAACCUGGUUUGCAGCAAAUAUGCUUUCACUGAAUUUAUCUAAGACUAAUUUCAUGGUUUUUAAGCCUUGGCAAAAAAAGCAGUCCUUUGAAUUUCAAGUUGUUCUAAACGAGCGGCCUAUCCUUUGUGUCCUGGAAACUAUGCCUCUUGGUGUUCUUCUUGAUGACAAUGUAACCUGGAAAUCUCAUAUAUCUUUAGUAGCCACUAAAAUGUCUAAAUUUAUGGGCAUCAUUCAUAAAUCUACAGGUUUUUCCCUCUGCUCACUCUCUUCGUACCUUGUAUAAUUCAAUGAUCCUUCCAUCCUUCCAUUAUUGCAAUCUAGCUUGGGAUGUACCUAUAAAUCUAAACUUAAAAGGAUAGUUAUUUUACAGAAGCGCACACUAAGAAUAGUUAGGGAAUCUAGGUACGAUGCCCAUACUGACCCGGUCUGUAAGGAGCAAAACCUCUUGAAUCUUUCAAUUAGGCCUUUUUAUGUUUUCAUUUAAGAAUUCUACACUCCCUUCAAAAUUCAAUAACUUAUUUUCUACGAACAACCAAAUAUACAAUUAUAAUACAAGGAGUGCUCAAUCUUUUCGUUUACCGCUAUGCAGAAACAAUACCAGGCGGUUUUCCGUUUACUUUCAAGGUCCAAAGUUUUACAACUCUCUGAAUGCUAAGAUAACUAAAUCUUCCUCCUAUACAACUUUAAAGAAAAGCUUGAGGAAUUUCUUCUCAAUAGGUAUUAACUUAAUGUUGCAUUCAGCUUUAUUUACUUUUAUUUUUGUACAAGCUUGUACUACUUUUGCUGGUCGAUAUUGUCAUAUUAGACUUGCUUUUUUUUAGUUCUAAGGAAACCAGAUUAAUGAUAAGCCCCGUGGUUUCUUUGAGGUUUCCUCGCCAUCUGCUUCCUUUGACUUUCUUUAUAAUUCAACUGUAUUUGUAAUGAUGUUGUGGCGAAUAAGUAUGAAUGAAUGAAUGAACAUCUUCACAAGACUACAGUUAGUUAUUAGAACAAAUGAACGUUCACAACUAACGGAUGACAUCGUCAAUCUGACAGAAAUAUUCAAGUCACAUCUAGAAUGGCACAAUCCAAGAGUGUUGCUGAUCGAGGGGUAUUCUGGGAUGGGCAAAACUACGUAUUGUCAAAAGCUGGCUUAUAAUUGGUCCGUGGGGAUAAUUCCACUUGAUGCUUCGUUUCCCGAAGUGAAUAUAUUGCUGCUGUUGAAAUGCCGUGACGUGCACAUGAGAACCGCUAACAUCGAGGAAGCAGUUGAUGAUCAGCUUUUAUUUUAUAAGUACCGAGAUUUAUCCACACAGAUGACAGUGGUGAAAAAAUCGUUCCUUUUUUAGUCGCAGUCAAUCAGCGACGCGAACGAUGAAAUUUCACUAGUGAAAAAUCAUCGUUCGCGACGUCUGAUUGGAAGAACGAUGUUUUUCACUAGUGAAAAGUGAUCGUACGGCAAGCCACGUCAUCCUUGGCGCGAAAACUGGCAAGCCGCCUUUUUAUUUUCAAGAUGUCGGAAAGGUUUUGGACGUCGGUUCAGUUGACAAUUUCAUUGCAGAACAAGAAAACGAAGCCACAUUACAAAAAACACAACGAGAUGUAAAACUUUUGCAACCUUUUUAGGAACCAGGAAUGAACUUAGAAAAGUUGAAGAAAUUCCAGCACUGGAGUUAAACGAAUACAUCUGCGAGUUUAUCAUUUCGGUCAGAACCAAAGAUGAGAAAGACUAUGAGUCUUCUUCGCUCCGAAGUCUUUUGGCAAGUUUUGAACGACAUCUAAAAAAGAACAGCUACUCUGCCAGUAUCAUGAAUGACCUCGUAUUUGAGAAAACAAGAAAAGUCCUCCUGUCCAAACAGAAAGAGUUAAAGAAGAAAGGAAAAGGAAACAGGCCAAACGCUUCGAUAGCAGUGCCAGGGAGGACAGUGACGAUGAGUAAAAACAUUGCUAUGAUAUGAAUAUGUUGUUUUAUAUCACUAGCUUUAAAAUUUCCUCUUUUCCCUUUGCUUAAAUUUUGAAAAGAAAAUGUUGAAGUUUUUACGCUUUCGAGUGAAUAAAACGUAUUUUAUUGUCUAGAAAUUUUGAAAAGAUGUUGAAUUUUUAAAGAGCGUAUGAGUAAAUAAAACUCAUUUCAUUGUCUUAUCGCUGUUAAUUGUCAUUAUUGUUUGAAAGAAAUAUCAGUACUUAUAAAAUAAACAAAUAACUUCAUGUUGGUUCGCUUGUACGAGUUUUAUUCACUUGUUGUGAAGAAUCGCAAACUCACUCGUUCGCUGCGCUCACUCGUUCGUUUGCGAUUCUUCACAACUCGUGAAUAAACAUCGUACGCACUCACCAACCAUGAAGUAAUCUCUAUCUACCACAUGAUGCAGGCAAGAAGGAAAAAGAAAACUUCUUUCACUUUAUUCACUCCAAUCAGUCUGGCCGAGAAUCUUGCUGGUUCUUGAUGGUUUGGAUAAACUGCGUGAAGAUCUGUAGGAGGGUUUUCUGCCUUUGA